AUGGGCAAUAUUCCGUAUGAUGCUUCAUCGGGUAGACUGCACACAGGCAUUCGCCUGUACAUAGUACAUGCAAGUUUUUUGCUUACAGCGGAUUCAUGGCUCACCGGAUCGCCUGAUGGGUUUACCUACGCACAAGGCAAAUUAUUUUUAGACAGUUUGCAUCGCGAAGGCGUGCUAAAAUUGGAAAUCUCUUACCUUCUCGAGUUGUGCCACAAGGCUUCCACCACUAAUCAACCCAGUCGACUUAAUCUGAGCAAAAUGAAAUCGCUCUCUUCCAAAGCUAUCUCAAUUUAUGUACCAAUCACCAAGACUCAGGGCAAUGCUAUUUGUCCGGUAGCUGACCGUGUUGAGGGAGGUGAUUACCUCAGUAAAGGCCCCGCUUCUGACUUUCAGCGCAUUGCUCCCAGUUCAAGUCUUAAGAAGCCACGGCACAAUGAUACGCACCGUCUGCGCAACACUCCUAGUACUUUGAGACGAAAGAGACGCUAUCGUUCGUAUCCUUGGUUCUCGCUUCAAAAUCUUCACGGGCCAUCACGAGACAGUUGCAUGAUGCUUAAUGCUGGGCUGAAAUGCACCCAGCAAGAUUUGAAUGGUUAUUCUUUAAUCAAACUUAAACUACAUACUCGGUUAUUUCAAACGAUCCUGAUGUGCUAA